GGACGGGGGGCUGCGGAGGAGGCGGAGAGACAGGCCCCGCCGGAGGAGCGUACACCCAAGCAACCCGCGCGCCCAUCACCGUGUCCUCUGGGCCGCGUGCCUCCCUUCUCUGGGGCAUGGAUGCCCGUGGCUCCUGGGCAGGAAGAAAACACUGCCACACCAGCCCUGAGCUCUGUGUAGCUCUCUUUUCAUCAGUAGCAAUCUAUAGAGUGAAGUGGGGAGGAAGGAGGAAAAAACCUCCCAGCAUCCCUCUGCAAACAGCAUGGCUGCCCCCAGCAGCUCCUGGGGAUUUCUCUGUCUCAGUUAAGUUUGUUACCUAAGAGGUCGAAGAGUAGCUGCAAAUUGCCACAUCGCUCUCUGGAAUGCUGAAUUUUUGGCUGGUGUUUCAGGUCUUAAUUAUGCCGGCUGCUUGUGCUGAUGUUCAUGCCAUGGAUGCAUCAGUGGAUACAUGGAGCUUCUUCUACACUCAUCUGAUGUCCUUAUGGUUAAACAGGUUUUACAUCUACUCUUGUGCAGCUUUUGGCAUCGGUAUUUGGAUCUGCUUUCAGUUCAUUGCCACCAAAGCCAAAAAGCAGGAUGAAAAAUCCACCCAGAAGCUAACUCCAUCUAAAGUAACACAAGAUGUGCUAAUAAAUGGAUAUACAAUGCCAAAGACGAAGGAGGUUUAUGUUGCUGGGGUGAAAGUUUUCUAUGGCUCUCAGACUGGCACUGCUAAGGGAUUUGCAACAAUUCUUGCUGAAGCUAUUGUCUCCCUUAAUUUGCCUGCAGAAAUCAUUAACAUGAGAAACUAUGAUCCAGAUGAUUGUCUAGCUGAAGAGGCAAUCAGCAAAAAUAUCUGUGUGUUUCUGGUUGCUACCUACACUGAUGGACAGCCAACUGAAAAUGCAGCAUGGUUCUGCAAAUGGUUAGAAGAGACUGUGAAUGACUUUAGGUUUGGCAAAACCUAUCUGAAAGGCAUGAGAUACGCUGUGUUUGGCUUGGGAAAUUCAGUAUAUGUGGACCACUACAACACGGUUGGAAAAAACAUUGACAAAUGGCUGUGGAUGCUCAGUGCUAGUCGUGUCAUGACUCGUGCGGAGGGGGACUGUAAUGUAGCCAAAAGCAAGCACGGCAGCAUCGAGGCUGACUUCGACGCUUGGAAGGCCAGGUUCCUUGCUAGGCUCCAUGCACUUUGCAAAGGGGAGAAGAAGCCCUGUAGCGGGAACUGUAAGAAAGGCAAGUGCAAAUCCAAAGGGAAGCAGAGCAAGGAGGGAUUGGAUCAUGAACAAAGGGUGUCGGAGCAGGAGAACACUGAGAUGGAGGAUUUAUUUGAAACCACCAGCGAGGAGGAGUCGGGCACUGAGGAAGAUGGAAGCCGUAACUCUGUCAUUGAUGUUGAAGAUCUGGGCAAAAUUAUGGUUCACAUGAAGAAGGCCAAGAAAGAAUGUGAACUUGGGGAAGAAGCUGGCAGGACAGGUCCAUCUCAGCAGAGCAGUGGGAAAAAUGAAGAGAGUGAAAGGAGGGAGAUGAUCACUCCAGGUCUUAGAGAUGCACUUGCAAAACAAGGUUACAAAUUGAUUGGAAGCCAUUCUGGUGUGAAGCUUUGUCGGUGGACAAAGUCUAUGCUGCGAGGUAGAGGAGGCUGCUACAAACAUACUUUUUAUGGCAUUGAAAGUCACCGCUGCAUGGAGACCACACCGAGCCUGGCUUGUGCAAACAAAUGUGUGUUUUGCUGGAGGCAUCAUACAAAUCCAGUGGGCACAGAAUGGCGGUGGAAAAUGGACCAACCUGAAAUGAUCUUGCGGGAGGCUAUUGAAAACCACCAGAGCUUGAUCAAGCAAUUUAAAGGUGUGCCAGGAGUGAGAGUAGAUCGCUUCGAAGAAGGGAUGGUGGUGAAACACUGUGCGCUGUCUCUGGUGGGAGAGCCAAUUAUGUACCCAGAAAUCAACACGUUCUUAAAACAGCUGCACCGGCACAACAUCUCCAGCUUCCUGGUUACAAACGCACAGUUCCCUGUGGAGAUUAGGAACCUUGAGCCAGUAACGCAGCUGUAUGUCAGUGUGGAUGCUAGCACCAAAGAAAGCCUGAAGAAAAUUGACCGUCCCCUCUUCAAGGAUUUCUGGCAAAGGUUUCUAGACAGUUUAAAGGCCUUGGCUGAAAAGCAACAGCGCACAGUGUAUAGACUGACACUGGUGAAAGCUUGGAACGUGGAUGAACUCAAAGCUUAUGCUGAGCUGGUGUCCCUUGGUAAACCAGACUUCAUUGAAGUUAAGGGAGUGACAUACUGCGGUGAAAACUUGGCCAGCAACUUAACCAUGGCCAAUGUCCCCUGGCACGAAGAGGUGGUGCAUUUCGUUCGGGAGCUGGCUGAACUGAUUCCAGACUAUGAGAUAGCGUGUGAACAUGAACACUCAAACUGCCUCCUGAUAGCUCACAAAAAGUUCAAGAUCGACGGAGAAUGGUGCACGUGGAUUGAUUAUGACCGUUUUCAGGAGCUGGUCCAGGAGUAUGAAGAAAGCAGGGGAUCAAAGACCUUCACCGCAGCAGAUUACGUUGCCAAAACACCACACUGGGCAGUGUUUGGCUCCAGAGAGAGGGGCUUUGAUCCUUUGGACACUAGAUUUCAACGAAAGAACAAAACAAAGGACAUCUCGGGGUGUUGAUAUCACUAACCUGAUUGACAGAUAGAGCUAUUGUUUGGUUUUCUUACUUAUAUAGCAUAACCUGCAUACAGAAUAUUUGCAUGAAGCCCUAACCCUUGACAACAACAAGAAGGCAAAAGCCCUUUGUAAUCUCUUCCCUUCUGUUCCUUCUAGCUCUGUGAAUUAAAAUAUCAGACACUUUUUAAUCUAGUACAAAUGAUCCAUAUAAACAACUUGCUGUAAUUGGCAUGGUGCCAUGUACAUUUUAUUCUAAGUGUAUAGACCUUGCAAUUAGAGAGUAACUGUGGCCCACACAACUUAGUGUUGCAGCUUUUAUUUUGUUGCUGGACUUUUUGGAGUGGAGAGAGCUGGUGUCUGUUUGCUUCACAUUUCAACAUUUAAAUGUUCUGUUUCAAUAACAAUGAUAGGGAGGUCGAAUUUUUUAGUGUAACUGUCCCCCUCGUCUGGUUGUCUGUGGGCUUGAAACCUGGGAGCUCUGGUUUUAAAAGCCUGACCCAUAUCAGGACCAUCAUGCCAUUGGCAGCACCUAAGCUUUAUGAACAUGUAUGUCGAUCACAAACACUCGUAGCUAUAAAGAAAAGACAAAUGAAUCUGGAGCCCGAUCCAGCAAGGUGGAGAGUAUCCACUGAAGUCAUAAAACACAUCUAAUUAUGCUGGUUGUGUCAAGCCUUUAAAAUAUACCCAAGUGUCUUCCAACUUCAUGGAUUCUUAUAUUUAAUAUUUUCUAAAUAGUCGUGCCUCCAAGCAAAAUGCGUUCAGUUUUGUAUGAACUCUUUUGGGCCAAAUCGUGCUCACCAGAUUUGUACACUGUCCUAUUGAUUGCGAGUUUUGAGUGAGGUAGGCGA